AUACUGAUUCAAACACAACACCAUCUGUCUCUGCCCCCUCAAAAAGAUGUAAUACACCUGAUAAAACGUAAACUCUGUGGCAAGGAGUACCGCCACAGUUCAAACCUGGUUUGUCACAUGCGAAUACACACAGGAGAGACUCCGUACAGCUGUGAACUGUGUGGGAAAGCGUUUCGAUGUGCAGGCACGCUUAAAUCACACUUCAAAAUCCACAUGGGUGAGAAACGUCUGAUUGUGAAGCGCUUUGUUUGUGAUCAGUGUGGGAUGAAAUUUUAUUGCUCCACUUUACUCGAAAGUCAUAUAAGGAAACACAAUGGCGAGAGACCGUUUUCCUGCUCCCUCUGUGAGAAGAUGUUCUUCAGUCUGCAAAAUCUCAGGCGCCACCAUCUUGAGUGUCACUCUGAGAAAAAGUUUAAUUGCUCCAUGUGUGGACACAGUUUUGCACGCUUGGGUACAUUGCAGAAACACACAAGGAUUCACACUGGGGAGAAACCUUUCUCCUGUUCAGAGUGUGGGAAAAUAUUCCGUUAUAAACACUCACUGGUAAUGCAUAAGAAACGGCACUCAGACAAAAGCUGACCUGAUAGGAGUAAUAUUUACUGUCAGGUUAAUAAUUUUCAGAAUAAUUAUACACGGCAUUCUUUAAAUCUGGAAGAAAAAUAAACUACCCAGUGUCAGUGUAAAUAAUUUGUUUAUUUAUAACAUCUGAUAUAGUUCUUGAUAUUCUAUUUUAGUCCUAGUUAUAAUAUGGCACAGAUUAUAAAUUCAUGUUGCGUCUAUAAUUUAAGUCUUGAGAAUUUGUAUUCAUUAAUCAAUUAAAAGUAUUUGUCAUAAAUGGAUGAGAUACAGUUUGUUGUAAAUGGUUUGAAAAAUAA